GGUACAUCAAGUGUUGUCCGACAUUUAAGAAGCAUCGGCAGAGUGGCAGUGUGUCGAAGGAGAAGUGAGCCUCUUAUCGUCGACAGGACAUCAUGGAUUUAACUCGGUGCUUGUGGCUCGUGUCAAUGUUCUGCUGCUGCGUCUCUGUCACCUCAGAUAAGGCCAAAGGACGGGGGUUCAUCGGGGUUAUAGACCCUGAAAACUCUGGACAAGUUGUUGUGGACCGCGCCACUGCAGAGACGUUGAAGAGUCCCCUCACCACAGUCUUUCUCCCAAUCAUCUACAUCAUCGUAUUUUUGGUUGGACUUCCUGCCAACGGCAUGGCACUCUGGGUCUUCCUCUUCAGGACCAAAAAGAAGCACCCGUCAUCAAUUUACAUGGCCAACCUGGCACUGGCUGACCUGCUCUUUGUCAUUUGGACGCCCCUAAAAAUCGCCUACCACCUAAACGGCAACGACUGGACCUAUGGAGAGCCGCUGUGCAAAGUCCUUGUGAGCUUCUUCUACGGGAACAUGUACUGCUCCAUUCUGUUCAUCACCUGUCUCAGUGUGCAGAGGUGCUGGGUCGUGGCUCACCCUCUGUCCCAGCAGAGCAAGAACACCAACGUGGCUGUUGGCGUGUGUGUCUCCAUCUGGGCUUUCAUCUGGCUCACCACAACCCCUCUGUACCUGUAUGACCACACUGUCAAGCUCAAAGACCCGAACAUCACCACCUGCCAUGACGUCAACAUCAUAAAAGACCUUGAAAAUCCAUUCCCCUCUGUCCAGCUCCCGUUCUACUACUUCACCUUCAUGGCCGUCGUUGUGUUCCUCAUCCCUUGUGUAGUGAUCGUUGUGGCCUAUAUUCUGUUACUCAGAGCUCUGGGGAACAGCAUGGAGGAAAGUACGGCAGCAAAGAACCGACACAGAGCCGUGGUGUUGAUCGUGACCGUCCUGGUGACAUUCAUGGUGUGUUUCAUCCCCAGUAACAUCAUGCUGGUGGUGCAUUACGCUCUACUGAAGAAUGGAGUGAUAAAUAAUGGUUACGGCUUCUACAUCUCCACAUUAUGCCUGGCCAGUCUCAACAGCUGCCUGGACCCAUUCAUCUAUUACUUUGUGUCUGAGGACUUCAGGAACCACGUGAAGAACACUUUGCUGUGCCGCAGCAGCAGGACUGUGGAGAGGAUGAGAGUUUCAUUCAGCUCCAUGAAAUACUCCAGGAAGAGCAAGUCAUAUGUGUCAGACACAGGGGACACAAAGAGCAGCACAUGUUAGCCAGAUAAAGCAGAGAUAUCGUGCCUGUGCUUGCACCUUAGUGUUCAGAUAACAUGGCAUCACAUAGGCAGUGUGGCACUGGGACACAUUCUAUAGAGAUAAGGCCGGUCAGUUGCAACCAGUUGACCUCGAGGCAUCUCAUAUCCAGAUGUGAACAUGACUGUACUGGAAUGAGUGUGAUUCAUUUUAAGAUGUCUGUUACUUCAUUAUGAACUGAUGUUUGGUUUUAAAAUGUGAAACUUUUAUGCAUAUUGUUAUAUUUUGUGUAUAUGUAAAGAUAGAAAGGCCUUUUUAAGGCCUGAUUUGGCUGCACAGAUAAAUGUGGGUUUCCUAAGAUUUUCACUGCACUGAAGAACAUUUACAAACAAUGUCUGAAAUAAGAGCCAAACUGAACCGAUUUGUGCAGCGGAUCAGUUGUGACUUAUUUUAUGUCAGUCGAACUUUUGUCAAAUCAUUAGCAAAAUUCCUGCAGCAAGUUUUAAUGUAACUUUUACUUUUAAAACCACCUCUUGCUGAGGUGUUUAUCUAAUUUAAAGUUUUAAUGCGCCAAGGAAAAUGGUGUAAUUGUUGUAUAGUUUCUUAAAUAAAUGAUUGAAACAACA